GAAACUUUUGUUACCUAAUAUUUUUUUCUCUUGAGAAAUUUGUGAUGGCGCGUGAAGGUGUCAUCAAUUAACCUAAUAAACUGAUACUUCAUACUCAUACAUCUCAUCGUAACAUGUUAUAAGUUCAUUUUAGCAAAAAAAAAAAAAAAAAAAAACAUGUUAUAAGUUCACCAAACCUCAACAUUAUGUGGAUCUCGAUCAUGGAUGACUGCAUGUUCAAUUUUUAAAAGUUUAUAUGUAUAUAGCUAACUUAGUGGGAAUAGUAUAACACGCGUAGACACGCAGUAAUGUACCCAAAUUAGUUCACUAAUCACAUUCACGAAACUAAAGAAGUGGGACCCAUCACUUAAAAAUACUUUAACCUAAUCAAACGGUGAAGAAAAGAGUUUUGUCCAUGAUCGUCGUCCUCAUUACGGCCGGUGACUCCAAUAAACCAUUUUUGUUUGAUAUUCAAAAAUCUAUUAAUAAAACUGUAGAUAUAAUUCACCAAACGUCAUGCCAUCACAUACUUUCAAAUAAGUUAAAACCUAAUCUUAUAGCCAAGUCUUAUCUUUAUAUUAAAAAGACAAUUAUUUACAUCAAUAUCUACACUUUUAUUUUACCAAAAAAUAUCUACACUUUUAUUUUUACUAAAAAAAAUAUCUACACUUUUUAAUUUAAAAGUGAAAAGAACAAACCUUGUUGAUUUCAUCUUUCCUUUCCAACUCUUUCUUUAUUGGUUUAACACUUGGAGAUGACAUUUUAUUAAGAAAAAAGUUGGUUUGUGACAAAAGAUCAACUAAAAUAUAUUACAUAAUGUAAAUCAGAGAAAUGAGACUAAGUUGUAGUUUAAUUGACAAUUAACAGAAUUAUCUUUCAAUAUAAUAAUGUUGUAGACAUUGUACUAUUUGUUUUACAUCAAUUGUACUAUAAACAUUCAUAGAAUAGGGUAUUUUAAUAAUAGGAAACUGUAAUCUCAGUAAUUGGUAUUUUUAUUCAGUGUAAUAUUACACGGUUCCAUAAUCUUAUCAAUAUUUUAUUAUAUUUUUCUGAUGACUAAUAUAACUGUCGUCAUUAAUAAAUAUUAAUUAUCUUCGUUGGAAUCAAAGGAAAAAACAAAUAAGAAGAAAAGUCUAUAGUCAGCAAGCAGGAACCAUGAGGCAUAACAAGCAAUGAUAUUCCUCCAGCCCCAUCGUCACUUUCUUACCAUUGGAGGUUUCUCUAUGAAUAAUUGAGUUUAGAUCAAUUAUUUUAAUUUGUUUACAAAAGAAAUGCCUCAAUAUAUAAUCCGUUCACAGUGUUUGGUGCGUUUCAAACGCAAAAACACGUUCGAAAAUUUGUAUGUAAUUCAUAAAUUUUAUUGUUUAAUACUUUAUCAGUUAAAAUAUUCUCUAGAAAGUAUUGAGAUGUGCUCACUUAUUUUUAAUUAUUAUAAAAAGUCACAUGUAAAUAGCCUUUGGUUAGUAUUUACCACAACUACAAAAUAGAUAAAAGUAGUUAUUUGUAUUUAAAUUUAACAUGUAAACAUGUAUAGUAUAUUUGAACAAAAUCUUCCUACUUAACCAUUUACACACUGUUAAUCAAAUGGAAAUGUCCUUUUGAAUAUUUUUAACAAAAAGAGCUAAGCGAUUUAAAAUCUCUAAGUUAAGUAUACAUUAAAGUUCCACAAAGAUACUUGUUAAAAGUUUUCUUUCUUCCCUAAAUUUGCUUCAAAUGUGAUAUUCAGCAUAUCUAAAUUUAGCUUUGGGGCAGUUUCUGCUUCGUCACUUUGUAUAUCCGCACUAUUUUUUUCCGGCGCUUAAGGGAUAGAGACAGGCUAUUCAAUUUGUUUCCACUGAUUUAGCGAAGGUGUUAUCUAUUGAGUGGUGGAGCAUCAAACCUCUUUGAACCGAGGUUCGGCGUGUUGACCCAUUGUAAGGUUGUGUCUUUGCGCUCAAUGGAGGCAACAAAUUAGCUUUGUUCAUUCGUUACCAUCUCAUCUGGUGGCUGUCUGUCUACGAAUUGGUUGAUUUUUUUUGCGUUUGUGGUUUGGAAUUGCGGGUGUCUAUAUCGUCUCUGGCAGACAAAUCCAUCUCUUUGGCGGUUAAUCUCCAUUUGCAUGUCCUCCUUGCAUUCUAGUUCAAGUUUUGUUUGUGUCAUUCACGUUUGGCUUCUGAGUUGUGUCGAUUCUUUUCAUCUCUUAACCUUCGUUCCUGUGUGAUUGUGAGGCGCUAAAAAGACCAGACAUGGUUCUCCUGUUCUGGACUAGGGCGUCGUUUUGCAACCAGAUCGAAUAUGUUCGACGAGGAGACCUGGGUGUGGAUUAGUCCUUCCAGGACCACGAUGUCUGUUUGGAUGUUUUGGCAAACUGAUUUUUCUUUUCAGGAUUUAAUAAAGUUAGAUCUAGAGGUUGUCGUCUUCGUAAUCCACCUUUGUUCCAGAGUGACAAUCGUCUUUGCUCUCGACGGAUGGAGACAGUCGGUCAUUGUUCCAUGCAUCGUGGGUUCUCCUUCAAGUUUGUUUCACUCUCCAUCUUUGACCUCCAAUGCUUAAAGCGCUGAUGUCAAUUUUGGUUGCAAGUUUGAAGAGAUCUUUAUGAUCUAGCUAUAUCGGUUAUGUCAUGUGAGUUACCAACAACCGAGGUGAGCACCACGUUUCAAUGAUUAACAUCAAUGGUAGAGAACAAAAAGUGAUACUCUAAGAAUUAUGGAACAGUUUAGUGGUUGAGCGAAACUAGACUUACGAAAUUUGAAUUAAUUUUGUUUGUUCGAUUUAAGUUUAUGGUCAACAUUUGAAUUCCCGAUCAGAAGUAAAUGUUAAAAAAGUAUACAUUAAUAUUUUUUUUAAUAGAUAUGAAAAUGUAAGUAAAUAGAAGAGGACGCUGAAACAUUAACUUUCAUUAUACAAAAAAAAAAUAGCCAUAGCCUCCUCACCACUUUCUCUUUCUCUAGCCUCACCACUUUCUCUCUCUCUUUCCCAUUUUCACAGCCAUUUGUUAGAUUCCUCUCUCCCUCUCUCUCUCUUCUUUUUCUAUUGGGUUGUUUAUUAGAGACUGAUUAGCUCAAAGGAACCCAAAAGAGAAUUCUUCCCUUGUCUUCCAUUUUUUUCUAAAUUUUCUGGGCUCUUAUUGUUUUCCCCUCCGGCCAAUUUUCUAAGAAGAAGACUUUUGAGUUUCUGGGUUUUUCCUUCGCAGUGAAGCUUCUCAAUACCCAUAGAACCUAUAUACUGAAGCAAAUUACUGAACCUCUAAUACUUGGUGAUAUUAUAAGCUAUCUAUCAUCUCUAUAUUAAUAACUUUUUGUAAAAAAAAAAAGAUAAAAGAAGAGAUGGGGAAGCAAGGGCCUUGCUAUCACUGUGGAGUUACAAGCACACCUCUCUGGCGAAACGGGCCACCGGAGAAGCCGGUACUGUGCAAUGCGUGUGGCUCCAGAUGGAGAACGAAGGGAUCACUAGUUAACUACACGCCACUUCAUGCUCGUGCUGAAGGUGAUGAGGUUGAGAUUGAAGAUCGAAGAGGUGGUCAAAAGAUGAUGAUGAUUAAUGGAAUGUCUAUGAACAGAAAGAGGAAACCAUACCAAGAAAGCUUCACGGUUAAGAGAACCAGCUUGGAGUUCAGUAACGGUUUCAAGAAGAGGGCUUUAGAGGAAGAAGCUAGCAACAAUAGGUCGAGUUCAGGGUCUGUUGUAUCGAACUCAGAGAGCUGUGAUCAGUCCAACGCGUGGGAAACGAGUUUUGCUGCUUGUAAGAAGAGGACGUGUGUGGGGCGUCCGAAGGCUGCUGCUUCUUCUUCUGUUGAGAAGCUCACAAAGGAUCUCUUUAGUAUUCUACAGGAACAGCAGUCUUCUUGUUGUGUCUCUGGUACUUCGGAGGAAGAGUUGCUGUUUGAGAAUGAGUCACCGAUGGUGAUAGGACAUGGGAGUGUUCUUUUGAGAGAUCCUCGUGAGGACUCUGAAGCUAGCUCGCUCUUGGUUGAGAGCAGCAAGUCCUCAUCAAUACAUUCUCAUAACUUUGGUGGAAAGGCUAUAAAACAGGAGCAACUCAAGAGGACCAAAUCACAAGUCUUGGGGAGACAUAGUUUACCACUCUGUAACAUAGAUUUGAAGUAUGUUUUCAACUUUGAUGAGUUCAAAGAAAAAUUCACAAAGGAAGAGCAACAAACACUGAUGAAACUACUUCCUCAAGUUGAUCUUCCUGAUAGCCUCUUGAGCAUGUUUGAGAGUUCUCAGUUCAAAGAAAACUUCUCCUUGUUUCAGCAACUCGUUGCAGAUGGUGUCUUUGGUACAUCAACUUCUUCCUCUGGAUCAAAACUUGAAGAGUUUAAGACACUUGCAAAGCUUGCUUUAUCCGAUCCUGACAAAUCCCAUUUGUUGGAAAGCUAUCAGAUGCUCAAGGUUAACGAUAAAGAGAUUGAAGACUCUGUUACUACAACAUCAAGGGUCUCAAACCCGAAUACAUCAGAUAAUAAUAGUUUAGUAACCAUUAAAAAACCUUGUGAAAGCCUAAACCAUAACUUCUCAGAGACAAGGGUUGUGAUGAAGAGCCCCAAAGAAGUAAUGAAGAUUGGAUCAAAACACAUUGAAACCAAAGAGAUUAUAGAGAACAGUGUCUCUUCCUUAAACCAUAUGAGCUACGGUGGAUCUAUGGUGUGUGGUGGCUAUGAAGAUAAUGAUAACUCUGAUCAGGAUCUUCUUCUUGAUGUGCCGUCAAAUGGAUCAUUCCCUCAGGCAGAGCUUCUUCACAUGAUAUGAUAUGAAAGAAGAAGGUUUCUCAAACUCAAUUGGUAUUUCUCAGAACAAAGACUUAAAAACUCUUUAAAGAUCUCUCUCUGAUCUGAGGAGAAAACUCUUUCACCCUUUUUGACUUUUUCUGAGAAAAAAUGUGGCCAAAUGAGUUUUUCUGCAAUAGAAAUUGCUAUCAUCUGCAGAUACAUAAUAUAAAAAAAGGAAGGAUUUUUUAUGUAAGGGCACUUUUUGGCGGUCAUAUACUGUCUUCUCCUUCUUACUACUAAACUUGGAGAACAAGGAAGUUUCGUUUCCUUAUUGAAAU